AUGGGGGCCCAACCUGAGGAAGCUCAGGGGCCUUUCUCGAGGGUCCAGACCCUGUUGAGGACAGUCAAGGCCUCACUCAGCAAAGCUGAGCCCCUGCCCCCGCCCCCACCCCCUCCCCCACCCCUCCCCUGGAACCCAGGCUGCACGCACGUGUACGGAUGUGUGUUUGGGCACGUGGGUGAAAAUAAUUUGGAGCAUCUCCCAUCACAGCAGGUGCUGGACACGGGAGAGCAGCUGAUGGUCCCCGUGGAGGUCCUGGAGCUGGAUAACGCGGGGGCCUUGUGGAAGUUUCUGCUCUCGGGAGCCAUGGCUGGGGCGGUGUCUCGCACCGGGACGGCCCCUCUGGACCGCGCCAAGGUGUACAUGCAGGUCUACUCCUCCAAGACGAACUUCUUGAACCUGCUGGGGGGGCUACGGAGCAUGGUCCAGGAGGGCGGCUUCCGUUCCCUUUGGCGGGGCAACGGUAUCAACGUCCUCAAGAUUGCCCCCGAAUACGCCAUCAAGUUCUCCACGUUUGAACGGUGUAAGAAUUACUUCUGCGGAGUACAUGAGUCUCCACCCUUUCAGGAACGACUCCUGGCUGGCUCCCUCGCCGUGGCCACCUCCCAGACGCUCAUCAACCCCAUGGAGGUGCUGAAGACACGGCUGACCCUGCGCCGGACAGGCCAGUACAAGGGGCUUCUGGACUGUGCCAGGCAGAUCCUGGAGCGGGAAGGCACGAGGGCCCUCUAUCGUGGCUACCUGCCCAACAUGCUCGGCAUCAUCCCAUAUGCCUGCACCGACCUGGCCGUCUACGAGACGCUCAGGUGCUUCUGGCUGAAGUCAGGCAGGGACAUGCAGGACCCUAGUGGCCUGGUCAGUCUGUCGUCCGUGACGCUGUCCACGACCUGUGGCCAGAUGGCCAGUUACCCGCUGACUUUGGUGCGCACCAGGAUGCAGGCCCAAGACACCAUGGAGGGCUCAAACCCCACCAUGCGUGGAGUCUUCCAGCGGAUCCUGGCCCAGCAGGGCUGGCCCGGGCUGUACCGAGGCAUGACCCCCAUGUUACUGAAGGUGUUGCCGGCAGGCGGCAUCAGCUGCGUGGUGUACGAAGCCAUGAAGAAGACCCUGGGGGUAUAGACAGUGAACUAGGUGAUACACCCUGGGCAGAAAUGGACAGGAGGAUCCAGUGUCCCUUGGCCCCAGUGAGCCCUCCAAGCUUGGGCCCCGGGGCAGUUUUUGUCAAGAGAAGCAGGCUGGGAGCCUGGGUCAGAAGAUUCCUGGGGCCCCCUCCCCAGGGUGCAGCCGGGGACUAGUCCGGACUCCAGUUUGGCUCCUUGUGGCCUCUCCUGGCUCCAGGGCGAAAGGGUGAAAUGUGGAGACCACCAGGAGUAAAGAGAUGGUUUCUGCUGAAUGUGUCUGGGGAUACUUGGGUGGAGGAGGGGGGCUGGGGACCUGGAUGCCUGGGUCCAAGACAGCAGCUGGGUAUCUGAAAUCUCUGGCUCCAAGAGGGGAGCUGGGAACCCGGGCUUCCUGGAGGAGGGCUGGGCCCCUCGGUCCUGAGUGGGAACUGGAAGCCUGGAUGAUGCCUGGGUCCAGGAGAGAAGCUGAAGGCUCGGACUGGAGCUUGGAGCUCGGCUCCCGGGACCUUAUGUGAAGCGGGUGUGGGGUGUGGAAUUAGGAUCUGGGAUCCCUCGGUCCUGGGAGCGAACCAAUGGCCCCAGACCCUUGAGUUCGGGAGGCAGCUGAGUCCGUGAGUCCUGGAAGGGAAGUGGAGGGCUCCAGAUCCCUGGGUGGAAAGAGGAGAACAGGUACAGGGGAUCCCUGGGUUUCCUCCUGCUCUCUGGCCACCCCCAUCCCCGGUAGCACCCGAUCUCCAAGGCCUCAAGCCGGCCACGUGCCCGGCCCACCCAGCCAGGCUCCUGGGGCGCUAACCCAGACGUCAGGCCUGAAUCCCGGCAGCCGGUCGCUGCCGCCCACGUCGGCUGCCAUUCACUCCCGCUCCGGCUAAUCCCCGCUAGCCUCCGGCGGCCGGCUCCGCCCCAAUGCAGCUGCCCUUCCAUUGGCUCCCACCAAAGCUGGGCACCUU